AUUCCUGGGCAGUAAUUUACGUAUAAUACCAGUUCAUAAUACUGCUGAAACUGUUAAGUUAAUGCUAACUAUAGCUAAGAUAACUUCCAAGCCACAAGCAGAUGACAUUCGUUCUAAAAUGGCAAUGACAAAAGCCCAAAUAAUAGAAAACAGUCCAGUUUGGAAGAUGCUUCAGGAGUACCAGUUGCGUUGUGGUUAA